CCGUGGCAACCCUGGUAACGGCGCCGGCGCAGCGAAGGACGCCCCGAUCCGGAUGGCCUACGCGCGGCUGCACCGCGCUAGAGGCAGCGACGAGAAAGUGAAAACUGGAUUGCAACCGGCUUUCUCCUCACUUUUGCUUUUCUGCUAGCGUAUGCCAAGUUUAGCUCCGUCGCGCACACCGCAGCAGCAGUUGAGCUCACUGGCGGCGAGCGUCGACCACUGUCAGCUGAAGAUGGAAGUCAUGGGCCACCAGUCAUACUUUGAAUUCAGUUCACAUGUGGAAAACCUGCUAUUUCGAGGCCUCUCAGCGUCCUCUCUUGGAGGCAUGCUCGGCAUGUGUCUAGGAGUGGCUGCCUUCUCCGUGCUCUACGAGUCCAUCACAGCAUCACGUCAUUAUGUAACAGAAGUGCACAAACAGAGCCUGUGGGCACCCAGUCAACGAAGUCGCCUUGAGGCCAGCCCAGAUGCCUCUCAGGUGAACCUCCUGUAUGGUCAUAUGGAUGCAGAGCGUUGGGGAAGACUCAAAUUCCGUCUGCUACAGACCCUGCUCCAUGCACUACAGUUAACUCUUGGCUUCUUGGUGAUGCUUAUCAUCAUGCGCUACAAUGGGUGGAUUGCCAUUUCUGUGCUGCUUGCCUCGGGCUUGGCUCACCAUUGCCUUAGUCGCCUUGUCAUGCCUGCACGGUUGCUACCAGUGUCCGACUGACAAUGCCAUGGAAGAAGAGUAUACUGCUGGUGGCAGAGGGUGAUGGACACAAAAGCUCUUCACUGGAGGAUCACCUUGGUGCAGAACAUUCUUGUGCACUGCUUCAACUGUUUCUAAGGCAGUGUCUUCAGUUUUACCUCGAGCUUUCCGUUUCCUCUGUGGGCAUCCCUAGCAUGCCACUGCAUGGAAAGACUUGACAGACAUCUCCUUUUAAGAUCUGAGCUGUGAAUGUCCUGUGAUGCCUGAUGGGCUGCCAAAUGAGUGUUCAAGGGCACAGUUGUGCUUUAGCAGAAGUGAGUUGUGGAGCUCCCAGUCAACCAUUCGCAUACUCCUGCAGCUGUGUUUCCCCGUGGAAAAA